AUGCGGCCUGGUUUUAGUCCGCGUGGAGGGCGUGGAGGUGGUUUUGGGGAUCGUGGCGGACGCGGAGGCUUCCGAGGAGGACGAGGAGGUGGAUUUAGGUCUCCCGGAGGAGAAGGGGGCUUCCGAGGAGGCUUCCGAGGAGGAGAAGGGGGCUUCCGAGGAGGCUUCCGAGGAGGACGUGGAGGAGGCGGUGGACGCGGUCGAGGCGGGGGCCGAGGAGGGCGGGGAGGCUUCAGAGGUGGUAAGAAGGUUACAGUAGAGCCCCACAGGCAUGAAGGAGUCUUCAUCUGCCGGGGAAAGGAAGAUGCGCUGGUGACCCGGAACCUAGUACCGGGCGAGUCUGUCUACGGAGAGAAGAGGAUCUCUGUGGAGGAUGGGGAAGUGAAGGUGGAAUACCGAGCCUGGAACCCCUUCCGCUCCAAACUGGCUGCCGCCAUCCUUGGAGGUAUCGAUCAGAUCCACAUCAAACCUGGCGCCAAAGUGCUGUAUCUGGGAGCGGCCUCGGGGACGACAGUCUCUCAUGUCUCUGACAUCGUCGGGCCGGAGGGGCUGGUGUAUGCCGUGGAAUUCUCCCAUCGCUCAGGCCGCGACCUCAUCAACGUGGCAAAGAAGCGUACCAACAUUAUCCCUGUCAUCGAGGAUGCGCGGCACCCACACAAAUACCGCAUGUUGCUUGGAAUGGUGGACGUCAUUUUUGCAGACGUGGCUCAGCCCGACCAGUCGCGUAUCGUGGCUCUGAAUGCACAUAACUUCCUGAAGAAUGGGGGGCACUUUGUCAUUUCCAUCAAGGCCAAUUGCGUUGAUUCAACAGCAGCGCCUGAGGCAGUCUUUGCAUCAGAGGUGAAGAAGAUGCAGCAAGAAAACAUGAAGCCCCAGGAGCAGUUGACUCUGGAGCCUUACGAGCGAGACCACGCUGUGGUGGUGGGCAUUUACAGACCUCCUCCCAAACAGAAGAAGUAGAGACCACAGAAGCUGUCAGUGGCCAUUGUAUCAGUACUGUAGGCCAGAGCAGUUUCUCCUGACACUUUGGGGGACAGGACUCUUUU